AUGUAUUUUUAUCAUGUUUUCGUUUUCAGCUAUAUGGCACUCACACAUGCCCAUGUUACCAAUACAGAAUUCACACGGAUUGAAAAUGGAAUAUUAGACGACCUCUAUGUUCAUUCACAGCAAACCGUUUUGCUGAAUAGCUUGGCAUUAUGCUCAGCUCAUUGUUUUCAAAGCGUCGGUUGUAAGUCAUAUACGUGGAAGAAUGCCACAUCCAGCUGCGUGUUGUUGUCAACGGAUAUCAAAAGAAACUUUGUGGGUCCUUCUCUUCCUCAAGACAUUGCAGUGUACACUAAAUAUUAUCGCCUCUGCUCUGAGUUUGAAUACGAACAAAUCAAUGGUACUAGUGGAUAUUGUUUCAAAUAUUAUGCGGUAAGAAAAACAUACUCUGAAGCACAAAACACAUGUCAAAACGACGGAGGACACCUUGUAAGAAUAUCAACAUCGACCAAACAUGGAGACAUUAAAGCGUUCAUGAAUAAGAAAUCAAAAUAUGGGAUGUUCGUUGACGGUACUGAUCUUACUAACGGAACAUGGCGUCUUUCUGAUGGGAGAUCAAUGUUUCUGAAUUGGCGGCUGGGUGAGCCAUCCGGUGACGAGCACUGUGUCAUGAUGUGUGAUGAUGGAACAAACAACGAUAUACCGUGUGAUUCGACGAUGUACUUUCUUUGUGAAAGACAGCUCAACAUAUAAAAUGUUAUUCAACAAACGCAA